AUGUCUGUUAGGGCAUGUUUAGAAGCGUGCUCACAGCACCACCUUUGGGGCGGGGGGCAAGGAAUAGUUGGAAGGGCUAUCACAACCACCAAACCUUGUUUUGCAAAUGACAUAACAGCAUUCACCGAGGCUGAAUACCCUCUGGCUCUUGAUGCUAACAUGUUUGGGUUGCAUGCUGCUGUGGCCAUUCCCUUCAGGAGUGUCUACGCCGAAUCAGCUGAUUUUGUCUUAGAAUUUUUCCUGCCAAAGGAUUGCCAUGACAGCCAAGAGCUGAAUUCAAUAUCUAUGCUGGUACAGCAAGCUUGCCGGAGUUUGGAUCUUGUCAAUGUCAUGGAGGAUGAACUCACGGCGCCACAAUUAUUAUGUUCCAAAGAAUCAUCCUGGAUCUCAGAUAUGAAUAUGAUGGAGGGGGAAGGUGUCUCUGUCUCCUUGGAGACAAAACAAGAGUUCAAAGUGACAACCAACUCAGGAGACAAGAGACGAACCAAGGCAGAGAAGACAAUCAGCUUGGCAGUUCUUCGACAAUACUUUGCAGGAAGUCUAAAAGAAUACUUGGCGGUAGGAGUAUGUCCUACGACUCUAAAAAGGAUACGCAGACAACAUGGGAUUACUAGGUGGCCUUCGAGGAAAAUUAAGAAGGUAGGCCACUCUUUAAGGAAACUGCAACUCGUGAUCGAUUCAGUCCAGGGGGCCGACGGUGCCAUUCAUAUUGGUUCCUUCUAUUCCAGUUUUCCAGAGUUGAGUGAAUCAUUCAAGAUCAAUGAUCAUAAUUCUAAUCAAAUUCAUGCCUUGUAUAACCAAGCAAAAUCCCCACCCUCCUCUUCUUCCACUCAAACCUCUAACCCAACUCCUAUUCUAAUCACAGAGAGAGCUCACACUCACAGUACUGAAUUAGUAGAAUUGCAUGCAUCAUCAAUCCAGGUCCAAGAGUAUAUUGAGGCUCUCCCUCCCUUGUGUGCUUUUAGAGUCAAAGCUACUUUUGGGGAUGAUAAAAUCCGUUUUAGCUUGCUACCAAAUUGGGGAUUCAGAGAUUUGCAGCAGGAGAUUGCAAGACGUUUCAAUCUAAACAAGGUCACCAACAUUGAUCUCAAGUAUUUGGAUGAUGCUGUUCUUUUAACAUGCGAUGCUGAUCUUGAGGAGUGUAAACGCAUAUAUAGAUCCUCUCAGAGCCCCACAAUUAGACUCUUCCUCUUUCAUGCAAAUACAUUUGGCGGCAGCACCCCCUCCUAA